AUGACUGACAGGCUGACUUCCACCUGCCUCUUUCUGCAGAACAAGAACUGCAAGACAGUUUGCCUGGAACUGAAGGCAGAGCCGACCAAAACGUAUGACUACAAAGGAGUUAAACAAGAAGGGCCGUCUACCAAGACAGGAGGGACACGUGAGUUAAAGAAUGAACUCAGGGAGGUGAGGGAAGAGCUCAAGGAAAAAAUGGAGGAGAUAAAACAGAUAAAAGAUAUAAUGGACAAGGAUUUUGAUAAACUCAAGGAAUUCGUGGAAAUUAUGAAGGACAUGCAGAAGGAUAUGGAUAAGAAGAUGGAAGUCUUAAUAAACAUACAGAAAAGCAACAAGCUACCCCUUAGAAAAGGACCAAAAGAGCAGCAGGAACUCAGGCUGAUGGAAAAGACUGACUCAGACCCACCAUUCAGGCUCAAUAGAAUGGACAGAGUUGACAGAGCACAAUCUGCUCAUCUCAGGAAGAUCACGGCACCACAAAAAGUAAAACAGGAUGCACUAGAUUCCAUUCAUUGUAGGACCUGUGAAACUUCCAUGCCAGGCCCGGGCACCUUUCUCACCCUUGAUAUCUGGAGCUGCCUUCUUAUUCAGCUGUACUUCAACCCCAGCGCAACCAGCGACAUCCUCCCAACCUUGUACAGUCAUAAAACCUAACAGCAGCUCCUCCCCACACCUCAAGCUGCACAGUAAGGUCUUGUUGCCCUCCCAAAUACCACCCUGCCUCAGGCCUCCACCGGGAGAUUAAAAUCUUCAUUUAAAGCCAAAAGGGGGUCACUGUUUUGAAUAUCAGUCCAAAACUUAAGUGUGCAAAGAGUGUCACUUUUUCUCGUUCUAAAUCGCAUAUUUCAGACUCCAACACCUCUUCCUGCUUCCUGAUGGAUUAGUGAGAAAAUCCACCUUAGUCAUCCUCAAGAUCUCCCGUACAGCUACCUCAUCCCUCCACUCCACCUGGUUCUCAAAGGUCCCAGGUCUUACAUUAAUAGGUCAAAACACCAGAGGCCACGUCAGUCUGUGCUGGUCUCAGCAGAGACCCUGCUGUCUUAUUCACCUGGUCCCUUCCUGUCCUUGACUUCCUGCUCCUGUACUGUGUGCAUGGGGCCUGACAUCUUGGGGAGUGCAGGGAACCCCCAGGCCCAGGGUCUUGCCUGCGCUGUUCCCUCUGAGGUAUUGCCACCUAGCAGGGGGCUGGGAUGGGAGGAGCUUCCCACUGUUCAUGGAACUUGGUCCCCUUUCUGGGCUCUGAGGAGCCACCUUCUGGCAGCCUCCACGGCUUCCUCUCCCCUCCCCUGAAGGAGGCAUGUCCCUCCAGAGGUCUUAGGCCUUUACAUAUGGGGGGAUGAGCACGGACCUUCUGACUACUGUACUCUCUGCCCUGCCCCAAAUCCCCUAACUGAGGGAAGAUGAAGCUUG